CACUGCUUCACAUACACGCUUAUUGAUAUAUUGCGUAGAUUCCUUCAGCCACAGCCCCAGCAGCUUUCUCCACAGGCCCAAAUCCUCGCCGAGCUGUUUUGGAGCCUGUUGUCACGCCCACAAAGCAGCACCUGUAACAUUGUAACAAAAACAGGCAGCAAGCUGUAAGAGGCAGGAAUGCAGCGGUGGCUCUGCUGUUUAGAUAAGCCUGAAACAAACCCAAGUUUUAUUCGUGUCUUAACUCAAUCUUGAGAUUUGCUUUCAAGCGUUGCCAUCACAAUAGCAACAGCUUUAACAGUCUGUAAAGAUAACCAGGUUGUUUCCUGAAAGGAAGAUGCGACAUUUUUAGAUUCAUAGAAAACCAGCCUCGUCGUCCCGUCGCUCGGCAUAAAAUAUGACGGUGGGCCUCGAGCAUGAACUCAACACGUGCUCCCACGCUCACUCGUGCACAGAAAUAGCUGAAAGAUUUAUCCCUUGCUCUCCUCCCGUUUUGUUUCCAGUGACAUUUUCAGAUGCAGCCCUGGACCACAUGCACGCAUACUCACAGCUUACAAGCAUUCGCCUUCCCUUUCUUGUGCCUCCGUGUGCCCAAACAGGGAUCGGAGGUCAUGGGUAUUUUUAGACAGAGUAUUAAAGUCCUCUCAAGAUGUGACAGCUGUGUAUGUUUGUGAGUGUUUCUGUUGGCAGUGACUCGACAACGGGUUUUAUUUCUUUCCAUUUGCCUUCUUUGUUUCUAUGGUCUUUUUUUUAUCUUCCCUGAAGAGUCCAUCAUGGCAGGUGAUAUGAUGUUGCUAAUGCGAGGCCUGGCUAAGCUGAGCCAGGCAGUCGUAGAGACUCAGACCAACACCCUCCGCAGUGGGACAGCCCCAGGAAUAGGCGCUGCUGUCCAAAGUGUCCAAUCAGCUGCGGAGCAAGGCAUCUCGGCAGCCAUGGUAAAAAUCCAGGAAAUGUCCGGCCAGCAGCAAAGCUAUUCCUCAGAGUCCGACUUCGACUUUCCUCCAGAUGACAGCGCAUUCAACACUUCAGAGUUCAGGGAUGAAGGUGCAGACUUCACAGUGGAUCACUCAGGAAGCAGCGAUGACGCAGCAACAGGGGCGAAGCAUGCCAGUGGGAAACACUCAGUAUUUGAAGGAUACAAAGACCCCAGCAAACAGUUCAGUGGGAACACCAGAUCCUACCACCAAGAUGUGAGACUUCUUAGUGGACGUCAGCUCUACAACCACAGAAUGAACAAACAUGUGUGGAGGCAGCUUUACUUUCAGCAUCCUGUCAGUCAGUUCAGGAGCUACCAUCAGGACCCAUCCACGAUGGGGGGAUUGACGGCCGAAGACAUCGAGAAAGCUCGAGAGAGCAAGGGGACUGAUGGAAAACCACAUAAACAGAUGCUGAGUGAGAGAGCCAGAGAGAGGAAAGUGCCCGUGACCCGGAUCAGCAGAUUGGCCAACUUUGGAGGUCUGGCUGUAGGUUUGGGUAUUGGAGCUCUAGCAGAAUUCGCCAAGAAGAGCAUCAGACAAAACGGCGCAGAAGGUGAAAACAGGAAAGCAGUUCUGGACUCGAGCCCUUUCCUGUCCGAGGCCAACGCUGAGCGCAUUGUCAGAACUCUGUGCAAAGUCAGAGGAGCUGCAUUAAAGUUGGGACAGAUGCUCAGCAUUCAAGAUGACGCUUUCAUCAAUCCUCAUCUUGCCAAGAUUUUUGAGCGUGUGAGACAGAGUGCUGACUUCAUGCCAAUCAAACAAAUGACAAAAGCACUGAAUAACGAUUUGGGCCCAAACUGGAGGGACAAGCUGGAAAUGUUUGAGGAACGCCCUUUUGCGGCAGCGUCCAUCGGGCAGGUUCACCUUGCACGGAUGAAGGAUGGCAGGGAGGUGGCCAUGAAAAUACAGUAUCCUGGUGUGGCUCAGAGUAUCAACAGUGAUGUCAACAAUUUGAUGACGGUGCUGAAUAUGAGCAAUGCUCUGCCUGAAGGUCUGUUUCCAGAGCACCUGAUAGAUGUCAUGAGAAAAGAGCUAGCCCUGGAGUGUGACUAUAUUAGAGAAGCCCAGUGUGCAAGGAAGUUCAGGGAGCUGUUAAAGGACCAUCCGUUCUUCUACGUACCAGAGGUGAUAGACGAGCUGAGCAGCCGCCAUGUUCUCACUACUGAACUCGUUCCUGGAUUUCCCCUGGACAAAGCCGAGAGCCUCUCUCAGGAGCUGAAGAACGAGAUCUGCCUCAACAUCUUGACUCUGUGUGUCAGAGAGCUGUUCGAGUUCAGGUACAUGCAGACCGACCCAAACUGGUCCAACUUCUUCUAUGAUCCACAGGCGCACAGGGUGGCGCUGUUGGACUUUGGAGCCACGAGAGGAUUUGAUCAAUGUUUCACUGAUGUCUACAUAGAGAUAAUCCGUUCAGCUGCCAUGGGCAACAGGGAGGGAGUACUAAAGAAAUCUAUUGAGAUGAAGUUCCUGACCGGUUACGAGUCCAAGGCAAUGGUGAAUGCCCACGUGGAUGCAGUGAUGAUCCUCGGCGAGGCUUUUGCCUCCUCGGAGCCCUUCGACUUCGGUUCCCAGUCCACCACCGAGAGGAUCCACAACCUCAUCCCUGUGAUGCUCAAACACCGGCUCACCCCGCCCCCGGAGGAGACGUACUCGCUCCACCGUAAGAUGGGUGGCUCGUUCCUCAUCUGCUCCCGGUUGAAUGCUCAGCUGCAGUGCAGGGAGAUGUUCGAAAUGUCGUAUCAGAAGUACUGGGAAGGCCGCACGCCACCGUCUGACUCGGCAUAAAACCAAUCAGUGUUUGGAAUUAUGAUGGACUGGAUGGGGGGGAAGGGGGCCAACAGAAAAGUGCCCAUAGAUACCAAAACGGAGGAAGGAAACUGUCGUCGAGCGCCAGCGUGUUGGGCAUCCAAUGAAAAGACCCGCAUACAUAUCAACACCCAUCAUUUUUGGUUUGAAAGAGGGAGCAGCAACAUGGUGUGCGUGUUGCGUUUAAGGCCAGAAGAAAAAAAGCUGUAAGAGACAAGAGUGAAGGAGAGAAGCAGCCUUGUUUUAGGCGUAAACUGAGUGUAAAAAGGUUGAAUUUGCAUCUCUUGAUGAUUUCACGAUGAUUCUUGCAUCUUAUGUUGCUGUGUUUUGUUGAGCUUUGGGAUACACUGUAAAGUUUGCUCUUUACCGUAAAUGUCACAACAUUGCAUUGCGUUAACUAAGCUUUAAUUUUAGGCCAGAAUAACAAUGCAGGUAUUUCUGCUUCUUU